AAACGCACCAGUGGACGUCCACAGCCCUGGUGUGCCAGCUAAGUUCGCCCACCUCAUCUGGUGAGGGCAAGGUGGGUGGGGUUAGACUGGGUCAGGAGCCGGGAAAGGUCGGAGCGAGGGGCUCCCUUCCUGCAGGAGCUGACCCUUCCUUCGGUGGAUGUUGGAUGUUAAAGCCCAGAUGCCCUCUUCGAGAGAAUGGAAAACGGUCCCCUUUGACCCGCGCUUCCCUAACCAGAACCAGACUCGUAACUGCUACCAGAAUUUUCUGGACUACCACCGUUGCAUCAAGGCUAUGAACCACCGCGGGAAGAGCACACAGCCCUGCGAGUACUAUUUCCGCGUGUACCGUUCACUGUGUCCCAUCAGCUGGGUGCAGCGCUGGAACGAGCAGAUCAAGCAGGGGACUUUCCCGGGCAAAAUCUGACUGUGCAGUUGAGCGCUGUCUCCCUGGAGGGAGGGAUCGUCCUCCAGUGACCGCUGCCCUCUGACCAAGCCCCAGCCUGGGUU